CAACACUCCUGUUCUUGGGUCAUCCUCUCAGCAAAAUGUCUUCUGAUUAUUUUGGAUUCUCCUUUAUAAGGAGAAUGGCAAAAAAUGGCACAGGAUCUCCGACAGUGGCCUUAAAUAAUCCAGCUGAUAUUUCCGUGAUUGUAAUUUACUUUUUGGUUGUCUUGGCUGUGGGAAUAUGGGCUAUGGUCCGCACCAACCGGUCCACAGUUGGUGGCUUUUUCCUUGCAGGGAGGAGUAUGGUGUGGUGGCCAAUCGGAGCGUCACUCUUUGCCAGCAACAUUGGCAGUGGGCACUUUGUAGGAAUAGCUGGAACCGCUGCAGCUUCGGGCUUGGCCAUUGGUGGAUUUGAAUGGAAUGCUCUAAUAGUGGUCGUCAUUCUGGCAUGGCUCUUUGUGCCCAUCUACAUUAAAGCUGGGGUGGUCACCAUGCCUGAGUAUCUGAAGAAGAGGUUUGGAGGACAUCGUAUUCGCAUCUAUCUCUCUGUGCUGUCCCUCUUCCUGUAUGUGUUCACCAAGAUCUCAGCAGAUAUGUUCUCUGGCGCCAUUUUUAUCAACCAGGCUCUUGGAUUGAAUAUCUACCUUGCUGUUAUCAUGCUACUAAUGAUUACUGCACUGUACACUGUCACAGGUGGACUGGCUGCAGUGAUAUACACAGACACCUUACAGACCGUCAUCAUGGUUGUCGGAUCAUUCAUCCUUUUGGGCUUUGCUUUCGAUAAGGUGGGAGGUUAUGAAAAAUUCCAGAAUGACUACAUGAACGCCGUCCCGUCUAUCACAUCUAACAUCAGUGAAAGCUGUUAUGAGCCUCGGGCAGACUCCUUCCAUAUUUUUAGGGAUGCGGUUACAGGAGACCUGCCAUGGCCUGGCCUGGUGUUUGGACUCACCAUUCAGGCCACCUGGUACUGGUGCACUGACCAGGUUAUUGUCCAGCGCUGCCUCUCCGCCAAGAAUUUAUCUCAUGUAAAGGCUGGCUGCAUCUUGUGUGGCUACCUGAAGCUGCUGCCCAUGUUCCUCAUGGUGUUUCCUGGGAUGAUCAGCAGAAUCCUCUACCCUGAUGAAGUGGCAUGUGUGGACCCAGAAGAAUGUCAAAAAUACUGUGGGGCCAGUGUGGGCUGCACCAACAUCGCUUAUCCCAAACUAGUGGUGGAUCUUAUGCCUGAUGGUCUGCGAGGUCUCAUGCUGUCUGUGAUGAUGGCCUCUCUGAUGAGCUCUCUUACCUCCAUCUUCAACAGUGCCAGCACUCUCUUCACCAUGGACAUCUACACUAAGAUUCGCCGCACUGCCAGUGAAAAGGAACUCAUGAUUGCUGGCAGGGUGUUCAUUGUGGCUUUGAUUGGUGUGAGCAUCGCAUGGAUCCCUGUGGUGCAGUCAGCCCAGAGUGGUCAGCUCUUUGACUACAUCCAGUCCAUCACAAGCUAUCUCACACCACCUGUUGCAGCUUUGUUCAUGCUUGCCAUCUUCUGCAAACGUGUCAAUGAGGCUGGUGCAUUUUACGGACUCAUAAUUGGCCUUCUUAUCGGUCUGUCCAGGAUGAUUGCUGAGUUUGCGUAUGGGACAGGCAGCUGUGUUAACCCCAGUAACUGUCCCACCAUCAUAUGUGGAGUUCACUACCUCUACUUUUCCAUCAUCCUGUUUGUUAUCUCCUGUAUCAUCAUCCUGUCAGUGUCUCUCAUGACCAAACCCAUCGACGACAAGCAUUUGUAUAGGCUGUGCUGGAGCCUGAGGAACCGUACAGAGGACAGGGUGGACCUUGAAGAAGACGACUGGGUUGAUAACAAUGAUUCCAAAUCUAUGGACAUGGAGGAACCAGAGGAGGAGCAAGGCUUUUGCAAGAAGGCCUUGAUGUGCUUCUGCGGCCUGGAGAACAAGAAAGCUCCAAAGCUGAGUCCAGAGGAGCAGGCGGAGUUGCAGAGGAAGCUCACAGACACCUCAGAGAAGCCUCUAUGGAGGAACAUUGUCAACGCCAACGCCAUCAUUCUCCUCUGUGUGGCUGUUUUCUGUCAUGGCUUUUACGCUUAAAGAAUCCGGACAGGCUCCAACUGCUCUCAGAUCAUUUAUAUUUAAGUAACAGCAUUUUAUAUUAAUGUCAAUUACGACUGAAGAAUUGUUUAUUAACCAUAAGCCUCAAAAAUAGAAUAUAAUGUAUACUCUUCUACUCUGUGUCAUUAAGUAACGGAUACACACUGUCACUUUUUUGGAAAGGAAAAACAGAAUAAAGUGUUAAGACGGUUUAAUUGGUAACACACAGACUACAUUAAAAUGUUUGUAGGCACUGUGAUGUCACCCAUUGGUUUUGAAGCCUCCAGCUUG